AUGGCCAACAACGGAUACGACGUCGUGGUAGACGUUGACGAUGAAGGCGAUCUCGGACACACAGACCUUGCAGACCUAGAGUUCCACCCCUCCAGUAGGAAACCUCAAUAGCUCUAGGAGCUUCAGCAUAGCUAACUUUCCAGACUAUAAUCAAGACCAAGCUAGUGGGAAGAUACCUACCAGCGCUUCGAGUUCGUCUCUCCUGUUCCGGAACUCACCGCGACAUUAGCUCACUCUGAUAGAUACGGGCGGCUUCUUCGGUGGCUCCUCCGGUUCUCGCGGGAAUGACCCGAACAGCAAGAGGUUCCUCUGGAGCAUGGAUUUUUAUGCCCAGUUCUUUGACGUCGAUACGAACGAGGUUCUGAAGAGGUGUUGGGCAGCACUAUUCCCCCGGGCGAACUUUUUGGAUGUGUUGGAUGGUAAUCCGGAUCUUUACGGUAUGGUCAUGGAGGGUCUAGUGGUGGUGGGCGGGUGGUGGGCGGGUAGCUGAUGGUUGGUUUGGAGGACAGGCCCGUUCUGGAUCACCACUACGGUGGUUUUGAUCUUGUUCCUCAGCUCAACGAUUGCGCAGUACUUUGCUAGGGCGAAAGAUGAGCCCUACGUGUACGACUUUGGCUUGCUUUCUGGUAUGCCCACAUCAAGCGAUCAUCUUGUAUAGAGUUUGCGCUGAUGGGUGAUUACAGGUGCUGCUGGGCUUAUGUAUGGCUACACGGGUACGUUCAGAGCCCGCUCUGCUAAACGGGCUUUCGAGACUGACGAGUUUAGGUGUUAUUCCUGUGGCACUGUGGGGUAUUUUGAAAUGGUAUGGGAGUGAAUCCGCGAACCUCUUAGAGUGUCUCGCGCUCUACGGAUAUGCCAAUCUGAUCUGGGUUCCGGUCGCUAUCGCUUCCGCGUCUCCAAUUACUAGUAAGUCUUCAGGAUUUCAACGUAAUCAUCUGUCUCUUUUGGUAUUAAUAUAAGCAGUCCUAAAUUACGUGUUUGUGACUAUCGGAUUCGGGGGUUCGGCCUUAUUCUUAUUUCGCAACAUGUAGGGGUUUUUUUUGUUCCACCAGUUUCCGAUGACAAGAACUAAAUGUAGGAAAAUAGGCUCCCGGUAGUUAAUGCAACUGAUGCGAAGACCUCCAAGAUCCUUAUUGUCAUGAUCAUCGUGCUACAUGCAGGGCUGGCAGUGGCCAUCAAGGUCUUGUUCUUCGCGUAUGUCCCCUCACGGCUCUCCUGAAGGUAUCAUACUUGAUAGCUAACGAUCCGAUAGCCACGGUAGCCCUGUUUCCAAGAAGCCGGAAGCGCCAACGGGUGAUGCGGGUAGGCUAAGGAUUUUCUAAGGCUGGAAAAAAGUAUGGCUCUGGGUGAGAGAGGUAUAUCAGGUACCGCACUAUGAUUGGGUUUUCUUUUCUUUUCCUUCUCAUUGCGUUUUUAUGGGUUUGAUGUGUAUAUGUAAAAUUUAAAAUGCAGAACGAAUAAUCGCG